UGUAUUCUUAUUUGAUAGUAAGAGAAGUGAUUAAAUGAGUAGUAUUUUCAUUUUACUCUCGUUAUUUUAAUUUUAAUUUGUUCUCUAACAGUGUUGGAUAGUUUUCGUGAUUGUAAAUUUUAUAGAAAAAUAUAAAAAAAUGGGUAAAAAAAGAAGACGUACCGAUGAAGAUACAGAAUUUGAUUUAAGCAGAAAAGCUAAAGAAGUGAAAGAUGACAAUGAAAAACGCUUAAUAGUAGUUCUAGAAAACGCUCAACUUGAAACUGUUAAAGUUGGAAAAACUUUUGAGUUAUUAAAUCCUGAUGAGCAUGGUCAUAUACUACGCAAACAUGGUCGCGAGCUUGGCAAUUGUAGGCCAGACAUAACUCAUCAAUGUUUGCUCAUGUUAUUUGACAGUCCACUUAAUCGAGCUGGAUUACUUCAAGUGUAUAUUCAUACUGAAAAUAAUGUUCUUAUUGAAAUUAAUCCACAAACAAGAAUACCUAGAACAUUUAAACGGUUUGCUGGAUUAAUGGUUCAGUUGUUACAUAAAUUUAGUGUAAGAGCUGCAGAAACAUCUGCCAAACUAAUGAAAGUUAUAAAAAAUCCUAUUACUGACCAUCUACCUGCUGGUUGUAGAAAAAUAGCUACAUCUUUUUCUGCAGGUAAACCAAAAAAACCUUUAGAAUUUGUCUCUCAAGAUUCACCAGUUGCCAUAGUUGUUGGUGCAAUGGCACAUGGCCAGAUAAAAGCUGACUAUGCUGAAGAAACUGUUUCAAUAAGUAAUUAUCCAUUGUCAGCUGCCUUGACAUGUACAAAAAUAUGUUCUGCUUUUGAAGAAGGGUGGGACAUUCUGUAAUUAAGACUUCUUAUUAUUUUAUUGGUUUUAUUUUAAAAUAUAAUAAUUUUCUUUUUAAGUAA